AUUUAAAGUAAAUUUGUAUAAAUUUUCAAAAUAUUUAUAAACAUAUAAAUUUACAAGAUGACUUUAAAUGAUGAUAAACCGCGUGUUAUAUUACAAGAAUACAAAGUUACUCAUAAUGUUCCAUCAGCAGAGACAAUAUUCGAUGAAGAAUUUAACAUAGAUACAUUUAAAAAAAGAUUUCGAGCAGUCGUUGUUCGAUAUAAUAAUUUAGAAAUGGAAAUAGAUUUAAUUGGUAUUCAUCCAUUUAUAGCCAAUACAUUCCGUCGUAUAAUGCUUAGCGAUGUACCAACAAUGGCCAUUGAUCAAGUUAUAAUUGCAAAUAAUACAUCAAUAUUACGUGACGAAGUUUUAGCUCAUCGCAUUGGAUUAAUUCCAUUGAAAGCAGAUCCAAGGCUAUUUGAGUUUAGACCUGAUGGUGUCACGGAAGAAAAUGAACAAAAUACUUUAGCAUUUGAACUAAAAAUAAAGUGUACAAGCAAUGCAGGAACUCAAAAAGAUUCAACAUUGCCAGAGGAUAUUUACAAAAAUUCGAAUGUAUAUUCAAAGCAUAUCAAAUGGUUACCAAUUGGCUCACAAGAAAGUAUGUACAAGGAAAAAGAUGUCGGUCCAGUUCAUAACGACAUUCUAAUCAAUAAACUUAGGCCAGGUCAAGAAAUUGAUCUAAAAAUGAUUGCAGUCAAAGGUGUGGGGAAAGAUCAUGCAAAAUUUUCUCCAGUUGCAACGGUUUUGUAUAGAAUUUUACCGGAUAUUCGUUUAACACGUGAAGUAUCUGGUGAACAAGCUCAACGUCUUCAACAAUGUUUUGCACCCGGUGUUAUCGAAUUGCGUUCUAAUGGUCCUUCACCAGAACAGCGUGUUGCGUAUGUGAAAAGUGCACGAUACGAUACAUGCAGUCGAAAUGUUUUUCGAUAUGAUGAUUUAAAAGAUGCUGUGAUCAUGAGUCGAAUAAAAGAUCAUUUUAUUUUUAAUAUUGAAUCAACGGGCGCUUUGGCACCGGAUGUGAUAUUUAUUGAAGCUAUAAAAAUUUUAAAACAAAAGGCGACUGCGUUAUUAGAAGCUUUAGAAAAUAAGUAAUAUAAUUUUUGUAUUAAAAAAUAAAAAAUAUUUCGUUUU